GAGUGGCCUGAAAUUACUCAUACUUCCCAAAGGAAAUUUUUCCGGAAGCCUGCAUUUUCUUUCUAAUGAGUUGGGAUAUCUUGAUUGGAAAGAAUAUCCUUUCACAUAUUUGCCAUCAAACUUUCAGCCAAAUAAACUAGUUAAAUUAAUCCUUAAGUAUAGCAACAUCAAAGAACUCUGGGAGGGAAUAAAGGAUCUACAUAACUUGACACAUAUGGAACUAUGUCAUUCCAAAAUUCUGGUAAAGAUACCAAAUUUAUCACAGGCCCCAAAUCUUGAGCACCUAGAUCUUGAAGGAUGUGUUAAACUUGUUCACCUUGAUGCUUCCACUGGUUCUCUAGAAAAGCUUCAUUUUUUGAAUCUGAAAAACUGCAGAAGUCUUGUUAGUAUUCCCAAUAGCAUAUUUUGUCUUAAUUCACUGUAUGAUUUAAAUCUAUCUGGCUGCAAGAGAUUGUUUAAAUAUCAGUUGUUAGAGAAAUCCAGGCCAAGUAAGCAAUUGAAUGCGGGUCAAAGUGUAGAAAGGCACAUGACAUCAUCCAUACGCAAAACUCUUACAAGGCCUCUCCAGUUUUUGUCUUCUAGAAGGCGUGCCAAUUCAGUUGGUUUGUUGGUGCCUUCUGUGUCUCGUUUCCCAGCUUUGGUAUCUCUUGAUAUAAGUUUCUGUAAUCUGAUUCAAAUCCCUGAUGCUAUUGGACUGUUACGUUGUUUAGAAGAUUUAAACAUAGGGGGGGAACAAUUUUGUGACGCUACCUCAUUGCAUCAAGGAACUUCCCAAGCUGACUUGGUUGAAUUUGGAGCACUGUAAGCAUCUAAAGUGGAUGCCUAGUACCCUUUUGCCGAUACGAGGAGGUAGCAAUGGAGGAAUAUUUGUUUACAACUGCCCCAAUUUGAGUGACACGGAAGGUUGUCGUGUGACAGUUAUUUCAUGGAUGAUAAAAAUGAUUCAGGUGAACAUGCAAUGCCCUUUAAUUAAAUGCAAAUUUGAAGUUGUUAUUCCAGGAAAUGAAAUUCCAAGGUGGUUCAAAAAACAGAAUACGGGUGAUUCAGUGAUCUUGGAUCCAUAUCCCAUUCUGGAUGACAAUGAUUGGAUUGGCAUUGCUGUUUGUGCAACAUUUGUUUCACAUCAUGCUCCAACUCAAUUGUUUGAAGAAACAAUAGAUCAUCAAGAUCUAAUUAGUUUUGGUUUUCGUUGUACUCGUUCUGAUGGGAACAUUUAUUCCCGAGUUCCAAUAUGUCUUAAGAAAGAUUUGAUCACAACUGAAGUAGAUCAUAUGUUAAGUUUUAUCUCCCGGGAAGUUUUCAUUAAUUUUUAUGCAAGUCAUAUAAAAGAAGGAGCAUCAGAUCUUCAUGGUAUUAAAUUGCAUGCCGCAAGUGAUUAUCCAGAAGAAGUAGUAGAAGUGAAGAGGUGUGGUUACCGUUGGGUAUUUAAGGAAGAUUUGGAACAAUUUAACCCAACUAUGAUGUUUAGCGCCAAUUCUUCAGUUCAGAGUCCGAAGCACAAGUUUCUGGCAAUUGAAGAUCAGCAAUAAAUAGCAUUCUCUUAUUGUUUAAUGGUUCAGUUCUUCUAGUGGCUUUUGCUUUACAUUUACAAAUGUGUUAUUGUAAUUUAAAUCUUUUUUAAUUAAACUACUAUAACAUAAACAUCAAUCAAUCAAGUUCUUAAUUCUGCAGGUA